UGUAGGAUGACCUCUGGUACUUUCCGAUCCCACAGAAUGUUGUCCUCAAUCAAAGUUGCCGGCAGAUUUCCCCGAAUUUUGCCGAGCUUUCGGCAUGUACAAGCACAUCGGCAGCCUGUCCAAGUUGCAAGAAGUUUUUCCUGUUCAGGUCUCGAGAUCCAAGGCUUAUUGGGCAGACAUGCAUCGCAACAGUUUAAUAGAUUGCGAACUUUGAGCAAGAAUACGCCAUGCAUCUGGCCCAGCAGCAGAGGCCUGCAAACUUCCAGCAUUUACUAUGAUGAGAUCCACACUGUACAGACCCCGCCCUUCGCAGAAUCGGUGUCAGAAGGGGAUGUCAGGUGGGAAAAGGCUGUUGGCGAUUAUGUCAAGGAGGAUGAUGUAGUGGGGGAGAUUGAAACGGACAAGACGUCGAUACCCGUGCCCUCUCCAGUGAGCGGUGUCAUUGUUGAAUUCCUCGCUGGAGAUGGAGACACCGUCGUGGCGGGCCAGGAACUAUUCAGAGUUCAGCUGUCUGGUGAGGCGCCUCCCAAAGCAGCAAGCCCAGAUACGCCCAAGGCAGAUACGCCCAAGGAAGCCCCCUCAGCACCUCCCCCGCCACCACCCCCCUCACCCCCACCCCCACCACCACCCACAGCAGUGGCAGGGAGUAUACCCACAACUCCACCGCCUGUACCUCCUAUGCCCACAGCUCCGAUGACAUCCAAACCAGCUGCAUCAGUGACGCCCAUAGUUGCGCCAGCCUCUGGAGCCAUGCCCGGUGUAUCGGCAAGAACGGAACAGAGGGUGAAAAUGUCUCGGAUGCGACAGAGGAUAGCACAGAGGUUGAAGGAAGCUCAGAACACGGCAGCAAUGCUGACGACAUUUAAUGAAAUAGACAUGAGCAACAUCAUAGCAAUGCGCAAGCAGCACAGGGAAGACUUCCUGAAGAAGCACAAUAUCAAACUUGGCUUCAUGUCGGCAUUCAUCAAGGCAUCGGCGCAUGCUCUCGGUACUAUGCCAGCGGUCAAUGCAGUUAUUGAUGAUGCAGAGAUCGUGUAUCGUGAUUACAUUGAUAUCAGUGUGGCUGUAGCAACACCUAAGGGCCUUGUUGUUCCAGUGUUACGCGAUGUUGGUGGCCUGAACUACGCUGACAUUGAGAAAGCUCUGAAUGAAAUCGGUGAAAAGGCUCGCACAGGUUCCCUAGCAGUUGAAGACAUGGACGGGGGGACCUUCACCAUCAGUAACGGCGGGGUGUUUGGCUCCAUGUUUGGCACCCCUAUCAUCAACCCUCCACAGUCAGCCAUCUUAGGCAUGCAUGCUACUGCAGACAGGCCUGUAGCCAUCGAUGGAAAGGUUGAAAUCCGACCCAUGAUGUACGUGGCGCUGACCUACGACCACAGACUAAUCGACGGCAGAGAGGCAGUGACCUUCCUCAAGAAGAUCAAGGCGGCCGUAGAAGACCCUAGAGUCCUUCUCCUAGACCUUUAAGACAGAAGGACGGCCCUAGAUUUGAGUAGUACACGUGGCUUGUUAUUUACUUAGCCAUUCUGUAAUAACCACAUCCUAUGUUACGGCCACCUCCGGCUCACUUUCCGUAGAGACACACAGGAGAAAUGUUCUUGCUGAACAUCUUCACAAGCAAAAUAAAAAUCUGGUGAUAUACCGGUACAUCCGAUAUUCCGCAUCCAAAUCACCGAGCUAUGGCCGUGGGUAGGACAUGUGUCUAUGGGAUUUAGCCUCAGCCACUUUCAUUGCAACUCCAAGCCAUAGCUAAGCGAUUUGAAUGCUGAUAUUUUGGCUUGUGAAUUAGGUAAAAUGGUUUUGUGCUUAGCAGAGGUUUUGGGCUUACAUGUAGGUGGUCUCUUAUAUGUGAGGCGCUCUGGCAAAAUGACAUUGAACUGGGCUCAGGCUGUGGUAGAGACAAAUGCAAAAAAAACUCGAAAACUUUAAUCACCUUUUUCUUGGUCUUUAACCUUAUAUUGAUAAACGCUGACUUUAAACAGCCAUAACUUGUCAACGGAAUGUCCGAUUAAAGUGCAGCAAACACUAGUGUAAGGAGAAUUUUAUUCUCUCUCCUAACACCUGCAAAACCUUUUUUCAACCUCUGCCCAGUUCUGUCUCAUUUUGCCAGAUCACCUCACAUAUUUGCUGCUGUUGCACGCUGACUUCAUAAUUAUGUCCCAGCUACACGUAUCACACUUUCAACGGGAAAUGUAUCGUAGGAAAGCAAAGGAACCAAUAGACUAAUCCACUGAGCCCGGCCCUACCAUGUUUUGACCAAUCACAGCCAUGAUGAAUGUCCAGCA